AUGGCGCUCUCCCGGCAAAGAGCUCUUGAUGCUCACUUACUCGAGCCAGUGCUUAGGGCCUACGGGUUAGGGUACCUGGCCUUGACAACACCCAGAUUGCUUGGAUGCCUCCCGCUACUUUUAAAAAACGAUACGGGUUAUCGUGUGAAACUUGAACGGUUAUGUCGCAUCUUACUCAGUGGCUUGGGCUUGAACAAAUUCUCAACCUUUUGUGCGGUUUUAGUCGGCGGCGCAACGUGGCUACCCCUCUUGUUCUUCCGAAUCACCUCCGUCCAUUCAUCAUUCCGCUCUUCUCUGAGAUCCGUUCGAAUUGUGCGAUUUGUUUCCGCGUUUGUUUCGGCCUGGGCAGCUUUCAACUUGUUGAACAGAAAGAGUCGUAAGAAUGAUACUACGAUCACUGAUAGUGCACGGGACGAGGAUCCGAAAGGCGAAGAAGAUCGAUUCAAUGGGUUAAAAACAGAAAGGCUUCGUCCAGAGCUUUCUGGGAGGUCUCUGGAUUUUACUCUCUUCUCAUUAACACGCGCAGCUGGCGUAAUUGCUGCCAUCGCCUGGAAUGGAUGGGAAAAGAGGCGGAAGAGCAGGGGAAGAUGGUCCCGGACGGAAGAGCUCGCUCCACGAAUUGCUGAUGCUGGGUUAUUUGCUGGAAGUGCCGCUGUGGUGAUGUGGGCAUGGUUCUAUUCUCCAGAGAGGUUGCCGCGUUCCUACGAAAAGUGGAUUGGUGAGGCUGCACAAGUCGACGAUCGUCUAAUUGAAGCUCUAAGGCGGGCGAGAAGAGGUGAAUUCAUAUAUGGCAAAGAUACCGGACAAGCACCAUUACUCGAGUCUAUGUGUAAAGAUUAUGGCUGGCCGGUUGAAUGGGGCGACCCGGCUGCCACGGUGCCGAUACCAUGUGAAAUGGUACACAUGGGGUGCGGUUCCAGUUGCGAAUGGCAUGCUGUAUCUCGCUUCAUGCGCUCAUUCAAAUUCGCCCUACUUACCAACCUACCGCUACAAGUGCUUCUACGGGUGCGCUCCAAACAGCCAGUAGUUGCCAUUAAUCGAGCUAUCAGAGAUGCGACACGAUCAUCGUCGUUUCUGGCUCUAUUCAUCAGCAUGUUUUACUAUUCGGUCUGUCUCGCUCGAACAAGACUGGGUCCCAAGCUGCUAAGCUCCAAACUUGUGACGCCACUAAUGUGGGACUCUGGUCUUUGUGUGGGUGCUGGUUGUCUUAUGUGCGGCUGGAGUAUUCUAGCAGAAAGUAUUCCACGGAGACAGGAAAUCGCGCUCUUUGUAGCCCCUCGUGCUGCAGCAACCGUACUUCCUAGACGAUACGAUCGAAAGAGCAACAAGGCUCCUUAUAUUUAG